UGCCGGGAUUUUCCUCGACUCCCCUCGGAUUGGAUUGGAUUGGAUUGGGUUGGAUUGGCUAGGAUCGGCCGGCGAUGGAUUACCAGUACUUCGAGGAGGAAUCGGACUACAUCGAUCUCGACGAGGAGGACGAGGUGGAGACGCUCGGCGGCGGCGGCGGCGGCGGUCUGGACUACCGAUUCGGAAAGGCCGAGGAUGAGGAGGAUUACUACCUGGGCGAGGAGGAGCUGGAGGAGGAGGAGCUGAAUCGCUUUGGAGUCCUGGGCCUGGCCGAGCGCCUCCUGGGCAGCCUGCAGAGCUGCGUGGAGCCCUCGCUGCUGCAGGUGCUCCAAUAUGUGGCGCCCAUGCUGCUCCUCUGCCUGCUGUGUCGCCUCCUGUGCCUCCUUUACUCGCAGCGCAGGCGCCUCACCAGCCUGGCGCCGCUGCACUUCCUCCACUUUGCCUGCGGCCUCGUCCUCCUGCAGUUCUCCGUCGGCUAUCGCCUGCUUCUGCUGCUCCUGCUAGCCGCCAUUGGCUACCUGCUGCUCCAACUGCUGCGCCUGGGCCGCCGGGGAGCCCAGAUCCUGGCCCUGCUCACCGUGGGCAGCCAGUUCCUGUACGAGCUGCUCCUCUGGCGGCGCCGCAGCGACUGGCCGCAGCUGCGCGGCAUCCAGAUGGUGGUCAACAUGAAGCUAAUCUCGCUGGGCUUCGAUCUCACCGCCAGUGGCCAGCUGCAGGCGAGGAUUCCGGGGCCGCUGGCCUAUCUGGGCUAUGUCUACAGCCCGGCCACCUGCGCCUUGGGUCCGUGGGUGAGCUACGGCUGCUACAUGGACUGCCUGGUGCCCAGAAACAGCUGGCUAAUCAGCCUGCGUCGCCUGGUUCCCAACGCCCUGCUCUGCGUGCUAGCGGUGAUCCUGUCCAACUGUGUGGCUCCCGCGCUGAGCGACUUCUUCGGGGACAGCUCCCACUUCCUGGUCAUGUACUGGGAUGCGCUGAGCGUGCGCAGCAGCCACUACUUUGUGGGCAUCAUGGCGCAAUCGCUGCUGGUGGCCGCCGAUCAGCGACUGGACGGCGGCCAGGAGUCGGAGCUGCUGGGGCCGCUGGUCUCGCGACCCUGGCUCAUCGAGUGGCCGCGUUCGAUUAGCUCGCUGGUCCGCGGCUGGAACAUUCCCAUGCACGAGUGGCUCAAGCGGUACAUCUACGGGCCCAUUAAGGUGGACGGAAGGAGUAGGGGACGCAUCCUGCUGGCCGUGCUGCUCACCUAUGCCGUGUCCAGCCUGCUGCACGGCAUGGAUCUGCGCAUCUAUCUGGUGCUCAUCUCGCUGGCCUUCCUCGCGGAGGGGGAAUCCCUGCUGCGCCGCCAGCUGGCCAGCUGCCUGGAUGCCUGCAUCUCGGCGAAUCUGUGCCGCGGCAAGGAGCGUUGUCGCUAUGCCAGAUGCCCCAGCAGGCGGGGAUGGCAGUCGCUCUCCCACUGGCUGGUUAAGGCCACCAAUCUGGCCUUCACCGCGCUGGCCAUCUUUCACCUGGCCUACCUGGGCGUCGUGCUGCUGGGAGAUGCCCUCAACGACGAGACAACGGAGUCGUUUCUCUGGCACUGGCAACAGGCGGGCUAUCUGAGCCACUACAUCGGCGCCGGCACCUUCGUCAUCUACCUAUUCAUCUCGUAAAGGACUCCAGAGGAUCCUAACCAAUACUCGCUAUGACUGAUCUACACGUAUUUAUAAUCGUAACCUUAGCGUCUUGUAAUUUUUGUAUCUCCUCGUGUAUCUUGUAGUCCGUAUGUAUGUGCUGUGUGAGUACUUAAUUAAUUAAAUCAUUCUGUGAAACGGAA